AUGGGCUCGGCCGCCUGGUUCUGGCAUUUUUGGAAAGCCGCGGUCAGUCAUUGGCUCCAUGCUGAAGGAUGGAACGAAGAUUCUACUCGAACAGUGAAGUACAACACGGUUGAAGCUGUUUCAAAUGUCUCUGCGGUAGCCGGAAAACGCUCUUGUAGAAAGCAGGGUUGCCUUGAGCACUUUGUCGUUGCUCGCUGCGAUUUUUGCGUUUCUAAAAGGUUUACUAGGAAGGUACUCUUGCUGGGCCUUGCACGUGUUCGGGUGUGUGUGAACAUCCGCACACGUUGCAGACUUACAGUGUAUGCAGGCGAAGUAGGGGGGGUUUUCUCUGGGCAGAACGGACCGGUUGCAGGGGGGGGUCGCUCAAUUGUGCCUACUAUAGUAGUGCUUCCCUCUAUAUAG